AUGCCGCGAGAGCGAGAAUCUCCGCCCUCGGGAAUCUUUUCGUCGGCGGCGGUGGAGGACCUACUCCACCCGUUGGGGUUUCCCAUCCCGAAUCGGGCUCUGUGCGAGGGAUGGGAGACGCCGAGGCUCCUCGUCCUGGUCACGACGAGGGCGCAGAACGCGAGGAACCGCGAAGUGAUCCGGAAAACCUGGGGACACGUCGCGCUUCGUCGGGACGUCCGCCUCGCCUUCUUCGCCGCCCUCGCGCCGACGCACGACCGACGCGUCCAGGAUUCCUUGGAAGAGGAAAGUCGCCACUUCGGCGACAUCAUUCAGGCAGAUUUCAUCGACCGUUACGAUAACCUGACGCUGAAAGCAGUGUCCAUCCUCGAAUGGACCCUCAAUUACUGUGCAAACAUCACCUUCCUACUCAAGACGGACGACGACAUGUUCAUCAACACCUUUCAACUCCUAGACUUCAUCGACACCCACCACGCCGCAAUCAACACGAUCUUCGGCUUCCUCUUCACAAACGGCAAGCCCGACCGGAAUCCCCACUCCAAAUGGCACGUCUCGGAAUCUGAAUACCCCGCCACACACUACCCCCGCUUCGUAGCCGGCCCCGCCUACCUCCUCACCUCCGACACCCUCCACCCCCUCUGGAAGUCCGCCCUCCCUCACCCAUUCUUCAAACUGGAGGACGUCUUCCUCACCGGCCUCAUCGCCCAAAACCUCCACAUCAACCGCCUCGGCGACCCCAAGUUCUUCAACCACGUUCCCGAUUCCCCCCACCGAGCCAGGUCCGUCAUCAGCAUGCACGGCGUCCCCCUCAAAGAAUUCUACAACGUCUGGGAUUCCGUCUGCUCCUCCAGCGGAUCUCGCGAGGCCGAUUGCAUUUUAAAAUUGUGUGCUCUUCGAGCGCUCGCGCUGUUCUUGUUUUUAAAGCGUCCUUUCAUAGGAUGAAACUUUAAAUAUUUCUUUAGAAAUAUUCUUUUUUUUGAAUCCAAUUUUUCGUGUUUGGAUUGCUCGGGG